GAAGCUGAAGAUAAAGAUGAACUCAAACUGAACAAGGAUUUCUCCUGCUCCUCGUGUCCACGUUGCUCUACAACCCAAAAUCACCUCCACAAUCACAUCAAGAGCUGCAACCAUAAUAAAUAUGAUGCGCUGGUGAAGAUUAAGACUGAACAUGAGGAUCUGACGCCCACCAGAAGCUCCAGUAAUCAGCAAACGUCCUCUGGUACUGUCAGCAUUAACACCUCUCUCAGUCCCACACAGGAAGAAGGAAACGUCUGCUCACACUGUGGGAAGAGCUUUAAGUACCAGAGUGAACUCAAGAGACACCAGCGCAUUCACACCGGAGAGAAACCGUAUCAGUGCUCACAGUGUGGGAAGAGUUAUAAUCAAGAGAAUCAUCUCAAAGAACACCAGCGCAUUCACACUGGAGAAAAACCGUAUCAGUGCUUGGAGUGUGGAAAAAGUUUUAAUCAACAGAGAAAUCUCAGAAGACACCAGCGCAUUCACACUGGAGAGAAACAAUAUCAGUGCUCACAGUGUGGGAAGAGUUUUAAUCAACAGAGUCAUCUCAGAAGACAUCAGCGCAUUCACACUGGAGAGAAACCGUAUCAGUGUUUACAGUGUGGACUGAGUUUUAAUGAUCAGAGUCAUCUCAAAGUACACCAGCGCAUUCACACUGGAGAGAAACCGUAUCAGUGCUCACAGUGUGGGAAGAGUUUUAAUCAUCAGAGUAAUCUCAAAAAACACCAGCGCAUUCACACUGGAGAGAAACCGUAUCAGUGCUCACAGUGUGGGAAGAGUUUUAAUCAACAGAGUGAGCUCAGAAGACACCAGCAAGAAGUUUAUAAUUGGGUGCAGAAAGAGGAGCUGUGGUAUUGCAGAGGAAAUCCAGAGCAGCAGAGAAGUAUGCAGGAUAUGUAUGAGGACAGCGUGACCGUGGUAGUGCUGAGAUGUGCAGUAGAAAUGAUGGAAAGGUUUAAAGUGGAUGUGGGACUGCAUCAACGGAUGAUCGUGACCUCUCAAAUGAGCAGAAAAACUAGUUUCCUAAGUGAGUUGGAGGAUGAGGUACCAGUGAUUUGGAAAACAUCCUGUCUGGUCCCUGUUCCAAAGAAGUCCUGUUCCUCAUCACUGAAUGACUACAGACCAGUGGCCCUUACAUCCCACGUUAUGAAGGUCCUAGAAAGACUUGUGCUGUCAUACCUGAGGUCUCAGGUCAGCCCCUUCCUGGACCCCCUGCAGUUUGCUUACCAACAGCAGGUAGGCGUGGACGAUGCUGUGAUUUACUUACUGCAGAGGGCUCACUUACACUUGGACCAGAGCAACACCACAGUGAAAAUCACUUUCUUUGACUUCUCAAGCGCUUUCAACACAAUUCAACCUUGCAUACUGGGGGAAAAGAUGGAGAACAUGCGAGUGGACAAAACCAUGAUCACCUGGGUCCUGGACUACUUGUCUGAAAGGCCCCAGUAUGUACAGCUUGGAACUUGCCAGUCUGAUCGCCUGAUCAGCAACAUUGGAGCACCACAGGGAACUGUGCUUUCCCCUUUCCUUUUCACCUUGUACACAACCGACUUCCAGUACAAGUCGGACCUCUGCCACCUUCAGAAAUUUUCUGAUGCGGUGGUUGGGUGUAUCAGGGAUGGACAGGAGGAUGAGUACAGAGACCUUGUGAGCAGCUUCGUGGAGUGGUGUGAGAGGAACCAUCUGCUCCUAAAUGUGUCCAAAACUAAGGAGAUGCUAGUGGACUUCAGGAGGAACAGGACCACAAGUGGACCUGUCACCAUCAUGGGUCAAACUGUGGAACUGGUGGACAUGUACAAGUACUUGGGUGUCUGGCUUGACAACAGACUGGACUGGAGGGCUAACACCGAGGCUGUGUACAGGAAGGGGAUGAGCAGACUUUACUUUCUGAGAAAGCUCAUGUCCUUUAAUGUGUGCAACAAAAUGUUGACCAUCUUUUAUCAGUCUGUUGUUGCGGGGGCUUUGUUCUUUGCAGCUGUGUGUUGGGGAAGCAGCCUCAGAGCAGGGGAUGUAAAGAAACUCAAUAAACUGAUCAGGAAGGCUGGCUCAGUUUUGGGCUGCUCCCUGGAUAGUUUCGAGUUGGUGCACAAUCACAUCAAGAGCUGCAACCAUGAUAAAUAUGAUGAUGCGCUGGUGAAGAUUAAGACUGAACAUGAGGAUCUGACGCCCACCAGAAGCUCCAGUAAUCAGCAAACGUCCUCUGGUACUGUCAGCAUUAACACCUCUCUCAGUCCCACACAGGAAGAAGGAAACGUCUGCUCACAGUGUGGGAAGAGCUUCAGUACCCGGAGGAAUCUAAAAAUACAUCAGCGCAUUCACACUGGAAAGAAACCGUAUCAGUGCUCACAGUGUGGGAAGAGCUUUAGGUUCCGGAGGAAUCUAGAAGUACACCAGCGCAUUCACACUGGAGAGAAACCAUAUCAGUGCUCACAGUGUGGGAAACAUUUUAAUCAAGAGAGUCAUCUCAAAGAACAUCAGCGCAUUCACACUGGAGAGAAACCUUAUCAGUGCUCACAGUGUGGAAAGAGUUUUAAUCAACAGAGAAAUCUCAGAAGACACCAGCGCAUUCACACUGGAGAAAAACCGUGUCAGUGCUCACACUGUGGGAAAAGUUUUAAUCAACUGAGUCAUCUCAAAAGACACCAGUACAUUCACACUGGAGAGAAACCGUAUCAGUGCUCACAGUGUGGGAAGAGUUUUAUUACACAGAUUCAUCUUGAAAUACACCAGCGCAUUCACACUGGAGAAAAACCAUAUCAAUGCUCACAGUGUGGAACGAGUUUUAAUAAUCAGAGUGCCCUCAAAAGACACCAGCGCAUUCACACUGGGGAUAAACCAUAUCAGUGCUCACAGUGUGAAAAGAGUUUUAUUGGACAGAGUGAUCUAAGAAAACACCAGCGCAUUCACACUGGAGAGAAACCAUAUAAGUGCUUACAGUGUGAAAAGAGUUUUAUUGGACAGAGUGAUCUUAACAAACACCAGCGCAUUCACACUGGAGAGAAACCCUAUCAGUGCUCACACUGUGGAAAGAGUUUUAAUAAUCAGAGUUCUCUAAAAGAACACCAGCGCAUUCACACUGGAGAGAAACCGUAUCAGUGCUCACAGUGUGAAAAGAGUUUUAAUGGGCAGAGUGAUCUCAAAAAACACCAGCGCAUUCACACUGGAGAGAAACCGUAUCAGUGCGCACAUUGCGGAAAGAGUUUUAAUACACAGAGUAAUCUUAAAAAACACCAGCGCAUUCACACUGGAGAGAAACCGUAUCAGUGCUCAGAGUGUGGAAGGAGUUUUAAUCAUCAGAGUGUUCUCAAAAACCACCAGCACAUUCACACUGGGGAGAAACCACAUCAGUGCUUGCAGUGUGGGAAGAGUUUCAUUACACAGAGUAAUCUGAAAAUACACCAGCGCAUUCACACUGGAGAGAAACCCUAUCAGUGCUCACAGUGUGGAAAGUGUUUUAGUCAUCAGAGUACUCUCAGAAACCACCAGCGCAUUCACAAUAGAGAGAACCGUGUCAGUGCUGACAGUGUGUGCUUCUCAUUUGAAAGCACCCAGACUUCACCUGCCCACAAUUGACGUCAGAACCUCUUUUUUGGUGGAAACACCAGAACCGGUUCAAAUCAAGUUCCAGAACCAGAACAGAGCUCGUUCCACGUCGGCUGAAAAGGGCUGUGACUGUGGUGGACAGCAGAAGAAUUUUUACUGUGUGACAUGAUGUUCAGUUGAAGUUCUACGUGUUUCACGCUUUCAUUGUUGUUGUAGUAAUAAUAAAAAUAAUGUUGCAGGUUUUUAAUAAAUUAACAUGAUUGUAAUGGUAAUAAGUGUAGUUUAUAUUUCAUUUUUAAUAAAGAAUUAGUA